GCCGGAAACCUUCCGGGCCUGGCGUGGCGGGACACCUUCGACCUCCAGGGCGCCCUCCGCGAGCUCGUGCCCACGUGGACGGCCGCCCCCGACAGCCUCGCCGUGGGUGUUGGCGAGCUGUUGGCCGCGGCGCUGAAGGCGGUGGCCGCAGACCCGGCCCGAGAGGCCGCCUGGGCGCGCUUGCUGCUCACACCGCGCACGCCCUUCGCCAUCCCUCCUGCCAGCGACGACGGGCACGCCGACCGCACCCCCGCCCUGAAAGCGACCACCGCCAGAAUCUGGCAAGCAUGGGCCAGUGACUGGGUGGACCUCUGGGCGGCCACAGCGCGCCCCGGCGACAGCGGCGGCGGCGGCGGGCGGCCACCGGACGCCGCAGCCCAAACCAAACGGGCGCACGAGUUCAUCAUGCUUGGGGAGGCGUCUCGGGCCGCCGCGAUUGCGGGCGGCCCGAGGAAGCUCGCCGCCGGGGCGGAGGCGCACGCCCGCCUGGCCAGCCCCUUCCCGGAGGCCAGAGCCCCGCGAGGGCCGCCUCGGCCGCGGCGCCUGGAGGAAGCUCGGGAGGCCGACGCUGCGGAGGAGGCCGCUGGGCCCCUGAACAAGCUGCCGCGGCACUCCAGGCUGGGCCUCACGGGGGCCCGCGUCGAACACUUGGCAACGCUCCGCGGGAGCACAGACGGGAAGGAGGCGUUGGUGCAGGUGCUCGCCGUCAUCAUGCGUGGCGCAGCGCCGCUGGCCGCCUCGAAGGCGCUGCUGGGCGGCCGCAUAUAG